AUGGCACACAGUCAUCCAAUUGCUGAUCCGCGGGAGAUUGAAGCUGAGGAAAAUCCAUCCGAUACUGAUUCGGCCUAUGAAGGCUCACUUGGUGAUGCCAGUUACACCACUUCAGUGACAUCCAGUAUCAGGAACUACAAAUAUGAGAACGGGCGAAGAUACCACGCAUUUAAAGAAGGGGAAUAUAUCCUGCCAAAUGAUGAGCAAGAACAAGACCGCAUGGACCUGAAUCACCACAUAUAUCGAACUCUUCUGGGUGGUGCACUCUACCUAGCCCCAGUGCCUGACAAUGUUCGACGGGUUCUUGACCUAGGGACUGGCACAGGUAUAUGGGCAAUUGAUUUUGCUGAUGGUCACCCGGUUGCAGAAGUUAUCGGAAAUGACUUAAGCCCUAUCCAGCCAACAUGGACCCCACCGAACUGCAGGUUCGAAGUAGACGAUUUCGAAGCUACAUGGUCAUACGCGCAACCGUUCGACUUCAUCCAUGCCCGCGAGAUGGAAGGUAUGAUCAAGGACCACGACAGGCUAUUCCAACAAGCGCACAAAUUUCUCAAUCCGAACGGCUGGUUAGAAAUGCAGAGUAUCGAGGUUAACAUUUUCGGCGACGAGACGCUCAAGAAAGCACAGGAUCUUGUUCGAUGGAGGAAUCUGCUGAUUGAGGCAUCGGAAAAAUUUGGAAAGUCUAUGUCAACUGCGUCUACGUGGGAAGACCGGAUGAAUAAAGCUGGCUUCAAGAAUGUUAAGGCUGAGGAACGUAUUUUACCUUUCAGCCCCUGGCCCAAAGACGAGAAGCUCAAGGAACUCGGUCGUUAUCAUCAACUACAAAUCUUCCAAGCGCUUGGGGCGUAUUCAUACGCGCCUCUGAUACGCGUCUUGGGCUGGAAGCCAGAGGAGGUUGAGAUCCUUCUGGCAGGAGUCCGGAGGGAUCUAAAGGAUCGUAGCAUCCAUUUCUAUACCAAGGUGCAUUUUGUAUAUGGCCAGAAAGUCGUGGAUUAG